GAGCCACAUUUUGUCCUGAAGCUUGCUGCCCGGGGACGGGACUGGAGAAGGCACCCAGCAAAGACUGGGUAGGGAAGGGAGUCCACGGCGAACAAGGGGAGCGCUGGGUCCCCCACCUUCCACUGCCAGACAAGAGGAUGGACGCCCCCAACAUCACGGCCCCGCUCAACUUCACCCUCCCACCCAACUUCGGCAAGCGCCCCACCGACAAGGCCCUGAGCAUCAUCCUAGUGUUCCUGCUGCUCAUUAUCAUGCUCUCGCUGGGUUGCACCAUGGAAUUCAGCAAGAUCAAGGCUCACUUCUGGAAGCCUAAGGGGCUGGUCAUCGCUCUGAUUGCACAGUAUGGCAUCAUGCCUCUCACUGCCUUCACGCUGGGCAAGGUGUUCAGGCUCAACAACAUCGAGGCGCUGGCCAUCCUUGUCUGCGGCUGCUCGCCCGGGGGGACCCUGUCCAAUGUCUUCAGUCUGGCCAUGAAGGGGGACAUGAACCUCAGCAUCGUGAUGACCACCUGCUCCACCUUCUUUGCCCUGGGCAUGAUGCCCCUCCUCCUGUAUAUCUACUCCAAUGGGAUUUAUGAUGGGGAUCUGAAGGACAAGGUACCCUACAAAGGCAUUGUGUCAUCACUAGUCCUGGUUCUCAUUCCCUGCACCAUUGGGAUCUUCCUCAAAGCCAAACGGCCACAGUAUGUACGCUAUAUCAAAAAGGGAGGGAUGAUCAUCAUGCUUUUGUUAAGUGUGGCCAUAACAGCACUGUCUGUCAUCAACGUGGGCAAGAGUAUCAGGUUUGUCAUGACACCACACUUGCUGGCCACCUCCUCUCUAAUGCCUUUCAUCGGCUUCCUGCUGGGCUACAUCCUCUCUGCUCUCUUCCGCCUCGACGGACGGUGCAGCCGCACUGUCAGUAUGGAAACCGGAUGCCAAAAUGUUCAGCUUUGUUCCACCAUUCUCAAUGUGACAUUCCCCCCUGAAGUCAUUGGACCACUUUUCUUCUUCCCUCUCCUCUACAUGAUUUUCCAGCUUGGGGAAGGGGUUUUCCUGAUCUCCAUCUUUCGGUGCUAUGAGAAAAUCAAGCCUUCCAAGGAUAAAACAAAAAUGAUCUACACAGCUGCUGCAACAGAAGAAAUCACUCCAGGAGCUCUAGGAAAUGGCACCCACAAAGGGGAGGAGUGCUCCCCUUGCACAGCCGCACCUUCCCCUAGUGGCCUAGAUUCUGGUGAGAAGGCAAUUCAGUGUGAUCAACUAGAGAAAGCAAAAGAUAAAAGGAACACCAAAGAAGAGUCUUUCUCCAGCAUUGGCAGCAGCAACUAUCAGAACUAACCAGCCUUGCCUGGAGGGAGGACAAAGGAGCCUCCAUGAAGAGCCUCACCCAUCCACCGCUUAGAGAUUGGUACUUGUUUAAAAAAAUGAAGAUUUUGUUCAAGGACAGCCUUAUGAAAGCAGAAACCAAAAUUGCCUUUUGUUCCUGAAUUUCCAGCGUUCCAUAGCCCUAAAAGGCACUCAACUUUUGAACUAGGCUAUAGAGGCUUUUACCCUACAACCAAAUAUCAAAGUCCUACUCUAACUUUUUUUUAACAGAGAAAGAGAAAUAAAUGUUCAGAGUGCUGCCAAAUUUAAA